GGACGAGACGCCGGUCCAGCUAGAGCAGCGCGCCUCCCCGGGGAUCGCUUCGCCCUCCGCUGCCGGCCCGUCGACGGGGGAACGUUAAAGUCUUGUGCCAUAGAGAGCAAGAACUAUCCUUGGUCAAAAACAUGGAUCAGGAUGAAGAUCAGAAAAUAGAUCCUGAAAGAACUUGGGAGAAUGACAAGCAUUUGAUUAUGGAUUUGCAAAGGACUGGCACUUACGGAGCAGCUGCUUUCCCCCAUAUUCAUAAAAGAAUCUAUACAGAUGACUUUGAAUCUCCUCCCAGUGAUCACUACAAACAUGACCUUUUCCCUAAGUGGCGUUUACCAGUGAAGACAGCACUGAUCUUAUCUUUGUUAACCUUUAUCUACACUUUCCUAAGGGACGUCAUCCAUCCUCUUGUAACUGCUCAAGAAAAUGUAUUUUAUAAAAUUCCAAUCCUGGUCAUAAACAAAGUCUUACCGGUGGUUUCAAUUACCCUUUUGGCCUUGGUUUAUUUACCAGGAAUAUUGGCUGCAGGUUUCCAGUUGCGUUAUAGAACCAAGUAUAGACGUUUUCCACAGUGGUUGGACCGAUGGAUGCUAUCACGAAAACAGUUUGGGCUUCUUAGCUUCUUCUUUGCCACAAUGCAUGCUUGCUACAGCUUGUGCUAUCCAAUGAGGAGAUCUUAUCGAUAUAAACUCUUGAACUGGGCAUAUAAACAGGUGAAGCAGAAAAAGGAAAAUGCCUGGAUUGAACACGAUGUCUGGAGAAUGGAGAUUUAUGUGUCUCUAGGAAUUCUGGGGCUUGCUUUGCUGGCUAUAUUGGCAGUAACAUCAAUUCCAUCUAUCAGCCAGUCACUGACCUGGAGAGAAUUUCAUUAUAUUCAGAGCAAGAUGGGAUAUUUAGCCCUGCUGCUGUGCACCAUUCAUGCACUAGUAUUUGCAUGGAAUAAGUGGAUCGACAUAGGCCAGUUCAUAUGGUACACUCCCCCUACAUUUAUGAUAGCUGUUGUAAUUCCAAUUGUGGUUUUGGUUUGCAAAAGUAUCCUGCUUUUCCCAUGCCUUAGGAAGAAAUUGCAGAAGAUCAGAUCUGGCUGUGAUGCUAACCCUGUGCCAACUAGGAUACAGAUGGCUUCCAGACUGUAGAUUUAAGUGUGCAUUACUUUGGUGCCAAUAUUCAUUUUUCCCACAAACUCGAAAUAAAUUAGGCUUGUCCCUCAGGAUACGAUCCUAUGCAUAGAUACAUAAAAUAAGUCCCACUGUGAGGCUUACUUCUGAAUAUACAUGCUUAGGAUCAUUUUGUUCUAUUGACAGAGUAAGCAUUUUCAUAUUUCAGUACAAGUUUAGUAGAGCAAACACUGAAAUGGUGCACGUACGAUGACUGUGUCUCAUCAAUUUUACCUAUGUGAAUUUCUCAUAAAACUCCCAAUCUUUUUCAGGGAAACUCUGGAAUAAUAAUGUGCCUCUUAUCACAAUCACGGUCUUAUCCACAUAAGACCUAAAAACAUGCAAUGCAAUAAACUAGCUAAAGUAUAACACUUCAAAUGUAUACAUAGAGUUGCCUUGCCUGAAACAGCUUCCUGAUUCAUUUCAAUGACUGAAGCACUUUCUUUAGCACUAAAAGAUCAUCUCUCUCUCUCUCUCUCUCUCUCUCUCUGAUUGAUUAACUUAAUGGGGUCUCCUGCACAUACCAGAGACCUGUAUGCUCAUCUAAGUGCCUAUCCAGAUCAAGGGAUGCCCACAGAUUAUUUAAAUCAGUGGUGGGAAGAAAGAUAUCUGUAUGUUUUGGACUUUAACUCCCGGCAUUCCUGAGCAUUUGCCAGAAACUUUGGAGUCCUGCAUUUCUUAAAAUAUUCCACUGAGUACUGUAAAUAACAUUUUAAAAACAAGCAGCUAUUAGUAUAUUUG